UUUUGCCUUCCCUUUCCGCCAUUGAACGUGGUUGAUAUUGGACGUGCCUAAUAGUGCUCGGUUCUUCUUGUGAAGCUAAGGCCACUCAAUCCGGCGACUAGCACUUCUAAUAUUAGGCAUCGGUGUCUAAAAACACACUAAAACUAAAGAAAAAUGGCAUCCGUUUCAGAGCUCGCCUGUAUUUAUUCUGCUCUCAUCCUCCACGAUGAUGAAGUUGCCAUCACAGAGGAUAAACUGAACGCCCUCAUCAAGGCAGCUGGUGUGACCAUUGAGCCUUUCUGGCCUGGUCUCUUCGCCAAGGCUCUGUCCAGCGUGGACAUUGGAAGCCUCAUCUGCAACGUGGGUGCUGGUGGUGGUGCUGCCCCAGCUGCUGCUGCUUCUACCGGAGCUGCCACUGCAGAUGCCCCAGCCGAGGAGGAGAAGAAGGAAGAGAAGAAGGAAGAGUCGGAGGAGUCUGAUGACGACAUGGGCUUCGGUCUCUUCGACUAAAACCUGUCUCCUUUUUUUAAUAAAAGAAAAACUCGAGCUGAAA